GUAGUGAUUACUGGUUACCUAGCUAUGUAUGUAUUGCUAACCGUCUGACUAUUAAGAUUUGUAAGGGAAAGCGCAGACACGGAGGUAGACAAGGUUCUUAUUGCGAAUAAGUCAAAUUCUUCGGCCUAAAAUGAGACAUUAUAUAGAAGGGAUAAACGGUAAAACGCCGAAUGAUUAAAUACGGUGUUCCGUAACCGCCAUACAUUUAUAUCUGGCAUUGGUAGUAAGUAAGCGCUCCUCGGGUUGCGGUGGCCGCAAAUUUCUCAGGCCGCAAAUUUGUUUUUUUGUUGCUGGGGAGGAGACCGUUCGUUCACCUCGCUGCUGUUAUGUGCUGCUUGGGCUUUGCUCGAGCAAUUGCAUAAGAACGUCCUUAUGUUGAAUCCAUUAUCCUGUCGGAUCUAAAGGGUGGAUUGAGGACACAUCGCGGCUUUAAAGGAUGGAUGUGGAAUUGUGUGCUGGCGGGCACAGCACCCGAAGAAAGAUGGAUUCAGCUGGCGAAGGGACAGUGGAGGUUGUACCUUUGGAAUUGUACGACUCUGCCAGAGCAAAAAUAGACGCCAACCUACGGUGGCUGUUCGCCAAAGCCUAUGGCAUUGACCACAUCCCAGAGGACCUGCGGGACCCGUUCUACACAGACCAGUAUGAGCAAGAGCACAUCAAGCCCCCCGUCCUCCAUCUGCUGCUGUCCUGUGAGCUCUACUGCCGUGUGUGUGCCCUCAUCCUAAAGACGGACCAGGCCGCCUCGCUGCAGUCACACCUGUCAGUUAUCCAGGCCCUGAGCCGUAAAGGGAUCUAUGUCAUGGAGAGUGAUGACACGCCAGUCACAGAGGCCGACCUCGCCUGUGUGCCCAUCAAAAUGAGUGCCCACAUGCCGAUGGUUGAUGCCCUGAUGAUGGCCUACACGGUGGAGAUGAUCAGCAUAGAGAAGGUGGUGGCCUGCGUUAAGCGCUUCUCCACCUUCAGCGCCUCCAAGGAGCUGCCCUUUGACCUGGAGGAUGCCAUGGUAUUCUGGAUCAACAAGGUGAACCUGAAGAUGAGGGAGAUCACAGAGAAAGAGCUUAAAGUCAAGCAUCACCCGCUGGAGUCUCCCAAUCACCAGAAGGUACGGUACCGCAGGGAGCACACAUCAGGGCGCCAGUUGCCCUUCUUCCCCCUACUGGAGGACCUGAUGAGGGAUGUGUGUGAUGGAGCCGCGCUCCUCACCGUGGUCCACUACUACUGCCCCAACCUCAUGAAGCUUGACGAUAUAUGCCUGAAGGAGGUGACCUCCAUAGCUGACAGUCUGUAUAACAUCCAGCUGCUCAAGGAGUUUGCCAACGAGUAUCUCAACAAGAGCUUUUACCUAACAAUAGAAGAUAUGCUCUACUCUCCACUGGUGCUCAAGCACAAUGUGAUGGUGUUCAUUGCGGAGUUCUUCUGGUGGUUUGAGACGGUCAAGCCAGAGUUUGUCCAACCCAGGACUGAGGAGUUCAAAGAUGCCCGAGCCAUGGCUCAGCCGAAGAGUGCCCGCCCCUCAGUGCCCAUCUCCAACGCCACCAAGCGUAGCUUCCAGGUGACCCCUGGCAUCACCGAGGCCUGUCUGUCUGUCUCUGCCCAGAGCAGCCCUGAUGUCUCCAACAGGUACUUCCUGCACCCUGCUGAAGACUCUGACCCUCUUACUAAAGGAGGUCCUGCUGCAGCCUUCAGCACCUCCCACCCACUCCUCCCUCUGAGGCAGAGACAACAGAAGCAGCAACAGGGAGAGGAUGGAUCGGGAAUUAGAAACCGCUCCAACUCCUUGGAGAACAGACAGCCACGAGGUUCAGUGCAGGCCUGGCCUGACAAGAGACAGAGGCCAAUGUCAACGCUCAACCCGUACACGUUUGGUAUCUCAGCCACUGACAGCGACGCUGAUAUAGCCUCUGGGGACAGUGUGAGUCUGGCCCGCUCCAUCAGUAAAGACAGCCUGGCCUCUAACGUAGCCAACCUCACCCCCAAACACCAGGGUCUCACCCCCCAGGGCCACACCCUGAUUGGACCCGCCCAGAUAGGCCGCGCCCCAGUCAGCCCUGCACCCCGCCGAGUCAACGGCCACGGCCUGCUGGGAAACGUCAACAUGGAGGAGGAGGAGGAGGAGCAGCUUGUGUCGGUGAUGAGGACUGAAGCGUCAACCGCUCUCCCCAGUCAGGGCGAGGCGACGCAGCCAACUGCUGGGGCCAGGCCCAAGGAUAGCUUUUACUUAGAACCACUGAUGCCUGCUGUGUUGAAAUCGGCAAAAGAGAAGUCUGUAUGCCUGAAUAAGGAGGAGGAGAGUGGGGAGGUGGGGCGAUCGUGGGGAGCGGGGUCCAUCCGGAGAGUAGAGGGGGUGCCUGGACUCGCGGCGUCGGCCAGGAGAAAAAUCCCCACCAGCCUAAAUCGGACCUCUACUCCCACUUCUAGUGGGGAGUUUGCCGUGUCUGCUGAAGCUUCAUUGGCUGGGCCACCCCAGGGACAAGGAGCCUGUAAAAACCUGGUCACCAGUAGUGUGGACCCCUCCUCCAGAGAGCCACCUGGGGGCUUCUACCUACACUCUGACAGUGACAACCAGAAUAUUGGUCAGGACCUGGAGCCAGACCUGGAUGAGGCUGAUGAGGAGGACCUGGAUGAAGCUCUCACCACCAAGGACCCAACCAGGCCUAGGAAGGCCUUCGAUGAGGAGGAAGAGUCAGCCAAGCUGCAGGAGGACCUGAAGGAGAAAGAGGACAAGGAUAAAGGGGAUGAUGGUGGUAGUGGACGCUCCAGCCCCUGUCUCAGCACCCACUCCCAGGCCAGCAGCCUGGCAAGCGGCAGUAUACGCAUGACCAGCUUCGCUGAACGCAAGGCCCAGCAGCGCUUUGGCAGCAACCAUGACCUGCGACCCAGCGCGUCCAGCUCCCAAAGGACCACCCCAGACGGCUCCGAGUGCAGCGGGCCCCUCUCUCUGCCCACCUCCUGGAGGCUGAAGAGGGACCAGAGCCCCUCCUCGCCCCAGGGUGGGCGGGGGGACGGUGGCACCAACUUGUUGGCUUCUGAGCUGGUCCAGCUCCACAUGCAGCUGGAGGAGAAGAGGAAGGCCAUCGAGCACCAGAAGAAGAAGAUGGAGGUGCUGUCAGCCAGACAUAGACAGAAGCUGGGCAAGGCUGCCUUUCUGCACAUCGUCAAGAAGGGAAAGAGCGACACCCUGCCCCACCCGCUCAAACCAGACUACAACUCCAAAGAGGAGCUCAACGGCGACAAAGGGGGGAGCUCGAAAGAUGACUCAUGCCUGGACGCACUGAGAGUGGCCAAAGAGACGGGGUCUGCCACCUCGCCAGUCCCAGAUGCCUUAGAGAUGGUGGAAAGGAAGUGCAGCGGUAGCACUGGUCUGCUGCUGGACGAAGAACUGGACCUGAAUGAAUGUAACCGCUCCAUUGAGAUGCUGAAUGAUGCCAUCGGCAGCAUCCAGCAGCAGAUGAUGCAGCUGUCCCUCCAGCAGGACCUGCUGAUGAAACAGAAUGUACAGUCCCCUCCCGGCCCCCCUCCUCCCAACGACAAGACCAGCGGCUCUGAACCAAAAGCCCAAUCUGCCGCCCACUUUGUGGAGAUGGGCAGCGGCGCACCAACCACCGGUACCGCACCAACCAGGAAACCCCCCAAGCUGACCUCGGCCAGAGGCCCAAGGUCAAAGCCGUCUGAGCUGAAGCUGGUCAAGGAGCACGGGCGGCAGGGCCUUACCUCCAGCAGGGCAAUCACCCCCACCCACAGCCUGGAGACCCUGCCCCACUUGAGGCAGUUCCCCGGGGGCAGGUCCCCCAGGGCACCCCCUGACACCAGAACCCCCUCUGUUGGUGGAGAGACAAUCGGUGUGCAGGACAAGCCUGGACGGAGCGCCACCUUUAGGCUCAACGACGAGGCUAACCUGCGCACAAUGGCCCGUAUCGACCCGGUGAAUGUCACCCCAGAAGUGUCCUUUGAGUGCCUGUCCAGUACCUUGAGGGAGGGGGAGCUGAAUUCCUCGGACAGCUCUGGGAAGGAGAACGUCCCCUUGGAGGAGGUGUCAUGGAGCAAAGCCCCCCUGAUAGAGGUGGACCUGUCAGACCUGAAGGACCCAGAGGAGAUGGAGGGAGACUGUGGUCAAAACAGCACCAUGGAUGGGGAAGACGGAGAACAGAAGUCUGGCCUGGGAUUCUUCUUCAAGGAUGAACAGAAGGCGGAGGAUGAGCUGGCUAAGAAGAGGGCAGCGUUUCUCGUAAGGCAGCAGAAGAAGGCUGAGGAUGCCCGGUUACGCAAACUACAGCUGGAGGCAGAGACUGAACAGAAGCGGGAAGAGUCCAGGCGGAAGGCGGAGGAGGACCGGAUGAGGAAGGAGGAGGAGAAGGCCCGUAGGGAGCUGAUCAAGGAGCAGUACCUGAGGAGGAAGCAGCAGGAGCUGAUGGAGGAGCAGGGCCUUGGCAGCCCAGCCAAGCCCAAGACCCCCAAGACCAAGCCUAAGAAACCCAGUCACCAGACUCACAGACCCAAGUCUACGUUCAGCAGAGAGGAGUCGUCCAGCGACACCUUCUCUUCCAAGUGCUCUUCAUCUACACCUGACAACCUGAGCAGUGCCCAGUCAGGCUCCAGUCUGUCCCUGGCCUCUGCUGCCACCACUGAGGCGGAUAGCGUUAACUCUGGAGGAGCAGGAUCCCAACGUGGUGAGUCUGAGUCUUUCCCAGGCCUGAGUCGAAACGCCAGUCGAAACACUGAGAGAGACUGGGACAACGGCUCCACUGCAUCUUCAAUCAACUCCAUGGCAGAAUACACUGGUCCCAAGCUGUUCAAGGAGCCCAGUUCCAAGUCCAAUAAGCCCAUCAUCUUCAACGCGAUCUCUCACUGCUGCCUGGCUGGCAAGGUCAAUGAACCCCAGAAGAACACCCUCCUCGAGGAGCUGGAGAAGGUUGAGGCCCACCACCUGAUGAUCCUGUUCAGGGACGGGGGCUGCCAGUUCCGGGGAGUCUACUCCUUCUUCCCAGACACGGAGGAGAUCCUCAAGCUGACUGGCACGGGCCCCAAGAGCAUCAGCAAGAAGAUGAUUGACAAGCUCUACAAGUACAGCUCGGACCGCAAGCAGUUCACCGUCAUCCCCGCCAAGACUGUGUCGGUCAGCAUAGACGCCAUCACCAUCCACAACCACCUGUGGCAGGCCAAGAGAACCACUGUGCCAAAGAAGAGCGGGAAAUAAUCUGUGGAGGCCCUUGGAACUCUGGGGUUCCGUUCCACUCCAUGGUUGUCCUUGGUUCCAUUCCACCCUGCUCUCCUGGAUAAACUGCAUUGAUGUCCACUGCCAAUAAACUCCCUCUAUCAAGCUGAAGGAGAGGCCACAUGUAUGGGCAGACGCGUGGCCCCUUCAGUUCACACUAAUGUGGGGGCAUGGAUGGAUGUAUGCGUCUGUGCUGGUGGCCUGCGAGUGGGAUUGUCAUCUGCAUGAACCAAUAAGGAGGGUCCUCUUUGUCUGGAUCUCAAUGUAUUCUGUUCAGGGUGUCCAUCGAUCAAUUCAUUCGGUUCUGUUUUUCUAAAGACUCUUAAGAGAAGCAUGUGGCAUUUUUUUCAUGUGGUGGGUUUCUUUUUACUUGAAGUAUUUAUUGGUUUGGCACUGAAUGGUUGAGCUCAGCUGCAGUAGUCCAUACAACCCUAUCCCCCCCCUCGCUCUUAUUGGACUGGUUGUGACCCUACGAACACCCCUCUUGCUCUUGUUGGAGGGGGUGGGUUGUUCAUAAUCUCUCUACUGCAAAAUCUGACCUGAAAGGACCUUAUGUCCCUUCAGGACUUAAAAGGACCCGUUCUGCUGCAACAAAACAAUCUGCAGUCGAACAAACUGGACCUUAUCUACCAGACAAGCAUCGCCAACCUUGCCUCUCCAGUUAUCUUUCUGUCCAAUGUGCUGCUUUGAUCUCCUGUUUGUUACCUGGGCUCCUCCCAGACCAUCUGCUGGCCUUCUUCAUGCGUCAUAGUGGUACUGUCAACUGUCUAUUUAUUUAAACGUCAACCGAUUUUUUAAAAUGCAUAUCAGCCUGUUGUAGCACUGUCUAUCUGGUGUGUAGAAUUAUGAUGGUCGUUUUUAAACUACUCAUCUACGCGCCUUUUAACCCUCUAAAACGAGGGUGUGAAGACGAGGAGUAAUAGGCUUUGGUACUGUAGAAAAAUGUCAAGAUGCUUAUUUUUUUUGUUUUUGUGUAAUUUAGUUUUCUAUUGAGCAGUGUGGUGGGUUAUACAGCAAUUGAGCUUUAUGUUAUGUGUGUUUCAUCAUCCAUGAAUCUGUCUGACGUACGUCAGCUAGUUAGAGCUAGUCGUGUUUCUCUUCACUGGGCACUACUAUGUCCUGUAUAAAGGUGCACUCCACUCACGAUCACGUUUCAAAGGCUUUUAUCAUGCAAUGUACCCCCCCUCCCUUCUAUCCCACGAGUGAUCGGCCCCCACCAGGGGUGGGGUCCAUUUCAAUUCAGGGAGUAAACUAUCAUUUCAAGUCCAUUGGAAUUAAAAUGUUGGCUUCGUUCCUAAAUUAACUGAAUUGACCCCAACCCUGCUACCCACCCAGCUUCCUCCCCUUCUGCAGCGCUUUCCCCAGAGAGCUGCAUGCUCUUGUUCUGAAGAGUGCGUGCGUCCUGCUGGAACCGGUUUGAAUGACAUAAUUUAAUAUAUUCAUAAUGGGUUACUCUGUGGGACUGUGGUCUAUUUUAUUUACCUACCAACCAACAUUAAAGAACAUUCCUGAAAGGUGUCAACAAACACUGCCACCAUUUUCCAUUUUUCUCUGUCCAAGUGCUUAUUAUUAGAUACCGUAUGUUGGCCUCAAGAACAACUAAAAGUGUUGCACGUGCACUUUACUUACUGAGUACAAAAAGUGGAAUUCGACUUUAAACGGACAUUUGAAACGUAUUGCAAACAAACAGAACAUGGUUAAGUUUUUUUUUUAAACAACUCCUGUACACUCCCAACCGAGAAACACUACCCUUCCUGAACUAAAACAAAGCACUAAGAUUUAACACUGAGCAGUCGAUUUAAGAAGUCCUCGUUUCUUCACUACUACGGCUUGUCUCCAAAAAUACGUAGAAUACUUGAUUAUAAUUUGCUGCAUUUGGUUUAUUUUUUUUAAUAGAUCUUUUCAAUGUUAGUGUUUUUAUGUUUACUAAAAGAUUGUAUAGGCAUUGAUUACCAUUUGUUGUUACUGUAUGCAAUUUCCAUGCCUGUUCAUUUUACACUUUCUUUCAGAUCAUACCAUCUAUUUAUUUUAAACGAACGCACUGAAACGGAAUAAAAUUUUCAAG